AGCCACUCCCCCUUCAUCAGCUGAUAGCGACAUUAUUGCCUCCUAUGAGUAUUCAUUUGAAGUAAAAGUUUCCAUUUAAUGGAGACUUGAGGAAAUUGUUGGAAAACACAUUUUAUUUUUUAACAGCUGUCACAUUAUAACUCCGCAAAUUAGUCAUUCUAAUUUCCUCUUGUCCUACCGUUGGGUUAAAAAUAGUGCUGAGUACAUAUUUAGUUUUUAAAAGAUAAAUACAGUGUUUUAAAAGUGAAGUGAUAUGGACAAGAUUUUAGUGAUAAGACCAGACGAGUGAUUUUUUGUGUAAAAAAGUGGUUUGUGUAUUUAAUGGAAUGUACCACGCAUUAUUGAAUGUGUAAGACCAAAGAUGGACACAGAUGUUACCCAGCAAACAAAUCUUGUUAUCGAAGAACCUCAAAAUAAUUCCCGCUCCCCCAAAAAGUCUUCGAAAGAUGGCAGAAACGGCAACGGCAACGUUUCGAAGAAAGACAUCAUCAUGUCGUCGUCGGACGACAGCGACGUAGAACCUGACCUAGUACAAACCAUAAACCAUAACGUUAGUACCUCUUUCGGCACCAUGAAGGACGUAGUACAAGAAGAAGAGACCAAUACGUUCUUGCACAGAUAUUUUAGCAACCAUAGUAAUAGUUUACCCUCCAAGAUGACCUUGGCGGCUAGAAGAUUGUCUCAGUGUAGGGAGGAGGAUGAAGAGGACGAGAAGAAGGAGCCCUCGAAUAUGUCGGCGAUUUCCGGUAGCGAUAAGUCCCUCUCGGAAUCUUCAAGCGGUUCAAAAACGUCUGUGAUAGAUACCAUCAGUGGUCCCACCCAUAAAUUUGUGAUAACGAAAACCAAAACCGUCAAAGAAACCAAAAAUGAAGAGAAGCAAUCCAAAAACGAGAAAGACACUAGGCCGGACAAGAAAUCGGAAAAGAAAGAACUAUCGGAAGCCGCGAAGAUCUUCGCCAGAAACAAAGAGUAUCGCAUGGCCAACACAGUAUUAGGAGUGCCCUCCAAAGACGCCAUCAGACCUUCGAUGAAGUCUCUCUUCAGGUCGCCCUUGCAAAGUCCUCACUACGAUGCCAAGUUCUUUGAUUCGUCGCUGGUUUCGAUGAAGAGCCUGAACUCGAGCAGUUCCACCGUAGAUUAUGUCGGUAGUUCGGAAGAUAUUUGGGUCAAAAGGCCUGCCAGUGAAAUUAAAAAGGAAUUAGGCUCCCAACCUCUACCUCAAAUAACCGUCGAAGAUGACGCACAUCUGCCCAGACCCAGAUCGGGAACGUGGGGCUCGAAGAACGACAAACACAAGUCCAAAGAUUCCGAAUCGAGACGGAAGAAAGAUAAGGAGUCAAAGAGCGGCAGCGGGUCCAGAUCGAGCUCUUCGGAAAGACGUGGCUCCUUGGAGUUGAGCCCGAAGAAGUUCAGGAACAGGUCAAAUUCGGAUGCGGGGAAGAGAAAGGGCAGUACUUUUAUGGCUUCCAUGAAGAGCGCCAUGGUGCAUACUGGAUUGAUCCAUGCAAAGAAACCCAGAGACGGAUCCGCCCAUCCUGUGCAAGACGACGAAAGCGACACGAAGUACUACCACACCGUGACAGCUGCAGCGUCCCACAAUCGUAGUCCUAUGACCAAAGUUAUGGACAUCUUCAGAAAACCGCACGUAUCCUCACAUACUCCCCCACCCGAAGAAGAAAAGGAGAGAGAGCGGGAAAAAGAGAAGGAGAAGAAGGAAAAGAAAAAGGAAAAAUAUUUUAAUCAUUCUCGACACAAAGCGCCCAGAGAUGGUUCUGCACAUCCAGUUCGAGAUGGCGGUUCCGACACACAGUACUACCAUACAGUCACUGCUGCGUCUUCCAGCCGUAGUCCGAUGACUAAAGUUAUGGACAUCUUCAGAAACAGAUCACACGUCAACGUACCGCCAGAUGACAGAAAGAAGAAGCAACAGCAGCUCGGAGCUCAUUUACGUCAGAGGUCUCUUGAUCCAGAACGUCGUAGACAGUCAAUUGGGCCUAUACCGAAUAUCCACAGAGCAUCAGACGCUUUCUUAGAUCCACAUCAUGCGGCCAUAUUAUUCAGAGAUUCACGAGGGUUACCUGCAGUGGAUCCCUUUCUCGAUAAAGUUAAUAUCUCAGAUUUGGAGGAAGAUGAGUCCCAAAUUUUCGUUAAGUUCUUCAAAUUCCACAAAUGUUACGACCUCAUUCCAACAUCUGCCAAGCUAGUCGUCUUCGAUACACAGUUGUUAGUUAAAAAGGCCUUUUUUGCCCUUGUAUAUAAUGGUGUCAGGGCAGCACCGUUGUGGGAUAGUUCCAAGCAAGAGUUUGUUGGUAUGUUAACCAUUACAGAUUUCAUAAAGAUCCUUAGGAUGUAUUACAAAUCUCCAGAUGUAGCCAUGGACGAAUUAGAAGAACACAAAUUAGAUACCUGGCGACGGGUACUUAAGGAUAAGAAACCUCUUAUAAAUAUAGGUCCCGAUGCAUCGCUCUACGAUGCAAUUAAAACAUUAAUACACAAUAGAAUUCACAGGUUGCCUGUCAUAGAUCCCGAAACGGGAAACGUACUGUAUAUUCUCACGCAUAAACGAAUACUUAGAUUUUUAUUUUUGUAUAUUAACGAAUUACCAAAACCCAGUUACAUGCAGAAAACUCUGAGGGAACUUAGGAUCGGUAGUUACGACAAUAUCGAAAUGGCGUCGGAAGAGACCACGAUUAUUCUAGCUUUAAAGAAAUUCGUCGAAAGGCGAGUUUCCGCGCUACCUGUGAUAGAUACCGAAGGAAGACUUGUAGAUAUUUAUGCCAAAUUUGAUGUUAUUAAUCUGGCGGCAGAAAAAACUUACAACGAUUUAGAUGUGUCAUUAAAGAAGGCAAAUGAACACAGAAACGAGUGGUUUGAAGGUGUAUAUAAAUGUAAAUUAGAUGAAACCUUAUAUACCAUUAUGGAAAAAAUUGUUAAAGCAGAGGUCCAUAGGUUAGUAGUUGUGGACGACGAGAACAAAGUGCUAGGCAUAAUCUCUUUGUCCGAUUUACUCUUGUACCUGGUUCUGAGGCCAUGUGGCGAGGAUGGCGGUACUCCAGACGGUGCUGUAUCUGUUAGAGCCCAGGACACCAACAGCCUCUCCCAGUCCUCCGACAUGCCUUCAACAACAGAAGAAGACACAUCUCAGCCCGUAAUUCCCGAAGAGGAAGAACACCCAGAGGAAGAUUCGGCAAAACCUGCAGCAGACGCAGAAACGCAGGCCGUGAAUAAAGAGAACGAACAAAACGGCAGGGCGACCCAAGAAAACGGCGCAGAAGAGGAGUCCAGCAGCGCUCCAAGCACUCCCGUGGACGACCCCAUUUUGGAAAAACAACUUUUGACAGAUGGUGCCAUAUUACAAGAGGUGGCGGUCACGGGAGGCGAGUGAUAACGAUAACAUGUUGAACAUUGUUAUAGGAAUUUUUUGGUGAUUUUUAAAAGAUGAAUGCGGGUUCUUUGUGUCUGUGAAGAAAAAUGUAUAUUUAUAAAUAUGGAAUUUAGUAAGAUUGAGUCAGAAUUUUUCACAGUUUAACACACAAUUUAUAAACUAUUAUAGUAGAAGAUCCGAUAUAAGGUUGACCUGCACCGAUCUGUUUAAUGGAUAAAAAUUAUUCGAUAUGUAAUUUUGUAAUGAAGGGUACAGGCAAUGAAGGUGCUAUGUAAAAUAAUAAGUUUUGAGAAAAAAUGUUUUAAAGGUUAGGACUCUCUGGUGUUUGUUUAUUAUGGGAAAAUAAAGGUGACAAAUUAUUUGAUAAUCCACAAGGAAAAAAGUUUUCCUGUAGUUGGCUGUAUACCAUAUAUUACAAAAAACGACUAAAAUCCUUUAUAAAAGGUAUAUUUGUAAAAAUCCCUAAAAAGGGCUACAUCACAGAACUAGUUUUCGAUCGGAUGACCGAUUAUCAUCAGUGCUUACCUAAAAUGCGUAUAUUCAGCCCUAUUCUUUAACUUUUAACAAAUGGAAUAGAAAUGACCAAGUCGAAUCGUAAUUACCCGAAAUCGGAAUGUUUGAUAUCUAUCGCGUCAUUUUCGUGUUUGGAUUGGCAUUCUGUAACUCACAUCGUAAGCAGGUUAAAUCGAAAUCGGCAAUUUCUAUUUCACGCGGUCAAGAGGGGGUGGCAACCCCGCAUUGUCGAGCGAAAUUAGUGUUCUGUGACCUGUUUGUUGCUGGUUCUAAAUUUGAAAUACGACAUCGUUGCCAUAUCUUCAAUUUUUCAUACUAUCACAUUACAUACAGUUACAUUUUUAAAAAUAGUUUUGAAAUAUCAAAAAAGAAACGUUUUGAAAAGUAAACAAUAAAAUAUUAGUGUAAAUAUUGGACACAAAAACCUCAAAAGAUGAUAAAUGUUUUUAAAUCAAAGUUAAUUAAAAUUGUUAUAAAAAAGAAGAUAAAAUAUAAAUGAGGAUAAAAUGUAUGAUGCAAGAUAUUACUAAUGAUUAUACAAUCUUAAGAUUUGAUUCCAGCUAAAAUAACUUAUAAACAACUUUUCCCAAAAACAGCGUCUUUGCUAUAAUUAUUUUCUUUUCUAUAAGCGUUGAUUGAUACAAAUACAAGCAAGCUGGUAUAAUAUAUUUAUCAACGCUAUAAGUCUCUCUUUAUAUUUUAAACGUUCUUGUACAUUAUGCCAUUGAUUGAAAUUGUAUAAGAAAUAAACAAAAAAAGUUUGGCAACACUGUGACUGGCAAACAUUCAGUUAGAAUCUGAAUUUCGGAUGCCAAAUCAAUUUUAAGGUUAGGUUUGAUGCAUACUCGUACAUGUCUAAAUUAAAUAUACAAUUCCCUAAGUAAAUACCACCACAGACUAAAAAUUAAGCAGAUACACAAGGUAAAAAUACUAUAAAUAAUGAUAAAUAAGUAGUAAUACAUUACUUUUAGUAGAUAUAAAAUAUAAACGUCAAAACAAAAUACAAUGCGCUUGCGUCAAGCACAAUUUCGAUUGUAGAGAUUCCGAGGUAGUUAUGGAAUACCGAUUUUUACUAUUUCUAUUCGACUUGGCCACUUCUAUUCGAUUUUCCUGACUUCUAUCAUCGAAAUGAGUUACAGAAUAGGCAUGAAUAUCUUAUUAGGUUAUACGUAUUUUAGGUAAGCACUGAUGAUGAUCGGUCAUCCGAUCGAAAACUAGUUCUGUGAUGUAGCCCUUUUUGGGGAUUUUUACAAAUAUACCCUUUAUAAAGGAUUUUAAUCGUUUUUUUUUUAAUUUAAUAAUGUAUUGGAGAGAAAAUACAAAUGCUCAAGAUGUAAAGAAAUAUUUUGUACGAAAUUGCAAUUUUUACAGGACAACAAGGUGUUUUGUUAAACAACUUAACAUUAUACACAACUUACUAAACUUGAUAUUGUGAUUUUAAAAGUAAACUUAAAAUCUAUAUGAAUCAAAUGAAAAGCGUUUUCUUAUGUAAAAGAGGACGUGAUAAAUAUUUUUAAGAUGUUGAGUGUUUUAUUGAUCCUAGAACCAACAAAAAAAAAGAAUUUUUAGAGACACUUCGUGUACAGAGCUGUGGACAAAGUAAAAAAUCGUGCGACUGAUCGUCAAUGUUGUGGGAGGACAAGGUACUUAAAGAAGAAGAAGAAUUCGUGUACAGAUGAGGUACCGGAAGGAACCAUAUGGAAGAAGAACAUAUUGUUCUUGUUGUCUGGAUGUUCGUUGUUUGAUCAGCAGAGUGAUAAUCAGACCACACAGAUGUAUAUGUUCUGUUCAUCAACUGAGCUAAGUAGGUUAAAACUCUGGAUGGUUUUGUGCCGAGCAUCUUCUGGUACAUGCUCAAAACACAGUCUUUGUAUGGCUUCCCAAAUUUAUUAACUUAUUUACAUCACUCAAUUUUCCACAUUUCUUUCUCUUUUUACUAUUUCUAGUUGAAGGCCUCCAAUACCGCUAAGUCGGUGGUCACUUCAAUUCACCCCGUAAUUUAAAAUUUUCGUUUUUAUUUGUAGUUUUAAAUUGUUUAUAAUUCGAAAACGAUCAACUUAAGAGAGAAAUUACAAAACAACUUUUUUGUUUCUGUUUGAAACCUGCAGGAAAUAUGAAAACUAACUUGAAAAAAGAUUGAUUUUAAAUAAUAUGGUUCCACAAGCUAUGCGCAAAUCGCUUACCUUAAAAUUGGUAUUCUUUAGGAUUUGGUAAACUAUGCAGACCCAAGGGUGACUACUCAAUUCAUCACUGCUCCUUUUAAUGGACUCCGACGAAAAGUUCGGAAUUUGGGAGUUCUUUCACCGUUGAAGUCUUGAAGCGAAGUCGUAUCUUCCGUCCUUAAGGUACUCAACGGAGUAUGUGCGUUUGUUUAUGAUACGCAAAGCGAUUUUUGUGCUUGUGGAUGAGUAAAAAAUUGAUAUUGAGCAUUUAUUUAAAUGUUUAUUUAAAUUAGAAGACACAAGGUUAUUCUGCAUCAUUUUUAAAGAGGGCAGAGAAAAGCCACUAAAUAUAAUGUCUAAAACUUAUUCUACCGAAAUAAAUUUAAUAUUAAAAUGAUAUUCAAUAUAAAAUAAAGAAAUAAGGAUUCCCUAACAGUUUCAAAUGAUCCAAAAAAUCUAAAAUGUUAUCUGCCCGUGCCGAAAAUUUUUUUAUUUAUAAAAAAACGUAAUUUUUUUAUUAUUAAUUAAUUAUAGUCAGAAAAAAAUUAGAUCGGGCACGCCUUUUUUUAUAAUUGGUAACAUACUAAAUUACAUAAUAAUUUUCAUAAAUUAAACAGUUCGGUGAAGGUCGUUCUUAUAUCGGAUCUUAAACUAUUAAGUAUAUACAUAAUGUAUGAUUAAGUAUGUUUUUUCUAAUCGAUAGUUUUUACCGUUUCUGCUUGUAGCCACAGUUGCAACAUAAUUUAACCAACCUUUUAACGUUGUUGUAGUUUUAUAACGUAUAUAACAGUCGGUCUUCCAUGAUCUUGGUCUGUGUGGUUCUUGUGGUAAGAACUUGCAAUCUUAAAUCUCCUUUUUAAAGUUUUUCUUAACUAAUCCUCAUACAUUUUUCAAGUUUUUACGUGUAAUUUAUGAAAAUCUAUCUGCACUUCUACAAGAAAUCAACCCAACACCUUAAAAAUGGGUAUUUUUUGAUGUCUCGAAUUUACUAAACCUGUUGUCCAAUUUGAGUGAUUUUUUUAAUAUGUUAUAGCCUUAUUGUUAUAGACAGGUAAGUUGUCAUUGUAUACCGAGUGUACCAAUUAAACUGGGUUUCUUUCUCAAAAUUCGCAACACCCUGUGGAAUAUUCUAGAAUUUAUAAAAUACUGAAAUUAAAACCCAUGUUUUUCAUCAAUAUGUAUUGAUGAAAAACGUGGCUAGUUGUAUCUAACUUUUUUAUUAUCCAACAUAAGCGAAUGAAUCAAAAAAACAGAAUGUUAAGAAAACAUGAGGCUAUAGUUGGGUUUUAAUUUCAGGAUUUUAUGCAGGAUGUCCAGGAAAAUAGUGCGUUCCUUCAAGGUACGGGCUAAGUGCACCAUUUAGAGCAAAAAAGUCUCAUAAAAUUUUUUUGUAAAGUCACCGUUUUCAAAAAAAUAAUUUAUUAAUUUUAAUGCAUUUGAUUAAUGUCCACAGAAAUGAAAAUACAGCCGGCAACGCUGCGUUCCUUCUUCUGUGUAAAAAUAAUUUUACUGGAACUCAACUAUCAUGAAUCAUCGACCAUUAGACAUAAUAUUAUGUAUUGAUAAAAUACUGAUAACAGUGAUAGAAAAACAGCAUAAUAUUUGUGUUUAUUAAAUAUCUAAUAAAUAAAGCUUGUAUAGUGUUUUAACUUACAUGAAAAUUUUUUAUUACAAUCAGAAUCAAGCUACAUCUUCAAGAAGUAUCUAUCGGUAGAACAUGUUACAAAAAAUUUGAGUAUUACAUUUCUCCAUUCAAUCUUCUGGGAAGUUCGAGUGGUUCAAUCAGAUGAUUACUAAUAAUCCCAGCCCAUACAUUAAUACUUUUGGAAUUAUAAAAGUAAAACACACACACACACACACACACACACACACACCAUUUCUCGUAAAACAAGCUUUAUCUGCACACAACACUUUACACAUUUUGUUUUGAAACCAUCUACAAAAUCCUUAAACUUCGAGGUAAAUCGCCUUGGUGUACCUAAAUAUUGCACUAAUUAUACACUAUAGGUACGCAAUUAACAUGAUACUUGCGAUCGAAAUCAUGACAAUACCACAAAAAUACUAUGUAUUCUCGGGUUACAGGUAAUUAUGAUACGACUGUUUGUGUUUACAAUUUUAAAUAAUCUUCGCUAUGUCAAAAUAAAUAAACCUGCCGGGUUGCCAAAUGUAAAUUUUAGUAAAAGACAUUAUUUUAUUUUUUUGAGGCAACAGAUGACUUUAGAAAAAAAAAUUUAUAAGAAAGUUUUCUUUUAAAUGGUGCCUUCUACCCACACCUUUAAGGAACGCACUAUUUUCCGGGACACCCUGUAUAUGUUAAGCUAGAAUAUUCCACAGGUUGUAGCGAACACAGUUUGAUUGUUACACCCGGUAUACAAUGACAAUUUACCUGUUUAAUAACAAUAUCAUUACAGCGAUAUUGUUAAAGAAUAAGACUAUAACAUAUAUUCAUACGUUUAGGGAACUCGAGACAUCAAAAAUGACCAAUUUUUAAGGGGGUUCGUUAAUUUUUUGGAGAAGUGCAUUAUGUGAUACUUGCAUUAUUACUUUACUUUUAUAUACUGAUCUUGGAUCUUUUAUAUCUUGCAUUAAUGCUGUUGAAUGUCUUAUUCAUACAAUUUGUUUUUUUUAUAUAUAUGUAUACAGAUGAAAGCGAACAAUCUUCUGACUCAGUUUUACCUUUACGAUAAACAUAUUGGAUUGUUUCUAAUAAUUUAGGGAGUUAUUUAAUAAACGAUUAGAAUGGAAAAGAGGAUUAAAGAGAUAAAUUAUGGUUAAAUGAAUAUAUAAUGGGGACGGAGAAUUAGCAGAUUUACAUAUUUUAACAUUUUGAAACCCUACACCAUUGUAUGGUAGAAGGGAUAUGAUUAUAAAUAAAUAAAUAAAAACAUUUUGAAAGUCAAGGAGAUUUGACUUUGACAAUACUAAUAAUGAGUUUUAUAAUUUUUCAACAUUUAUUGUAUGUAUAUGCCUACAGUGUAUCUGAAGUUAGAAUCUUGAGACAUAAUUAUACCACUAUUGCGUUGGGCUAUUUUUGAGCUGGUUUUAAAUAAUUUUGAUGCACUGCGUUCAAAAAUAUCUCAUUUUUUACCUUUCUAUAUCGACUUCUGCUCGAAAUAAUUCUUCUGCUGUGGAACCACAGCAUCGACUAAUACUACGCAGCCAUAAACGUUCCUUUCGACCUAUCCAUCUCUUUCCCUCCACUUUUCUCUGUAAUAUAAGGCGAAGUAGAUCUUCUAAUUAUACAGACGAAGUAUUCUAUUUUUCUCCUCUUUGUGUUGUUUAUGUGCAGACGUUCUGAAUUCAUCAUUUUAAGGACAUUUUCAUUGGAAGUGGGCGAAUCCCACGAUAUUUUUUGUAUCCGUAGAUAGCACCACAAUUCGAAUGCUUCUAAUUUGUUUAACAUUGUGGUUUUUACUAGUAAUGUCGUACAACCAGAUAACAGGAUAGACUACACAUAACAUUUCAGGAUCAUAUUGCGUUUACGGGAUUCUGAUGAUUUCACGUAGGUUUCAAAAAUACCAACAGAAAACAAAUAUUUAUACAGGGUGUCCCCGAAAAUAGUGAGUUCCUUUAAGGUAUGGAUAUAAUACACAAUUUAGAACAAAAAAGUCCUAUAAAUUUUUUUUUAAGUUAACCGUUUCUAAGAAAAAAUUACAUUGUUCUCCAUAUAAGUGAAUUUUUAUUUUCAUCAAUUUAAAUGACAUGGCAACGUAGCGUAGAAGAACUUGUGGUUACUGUGGAAAUUUAACCUAAUCAAACCCCUUGUUUAUUUACUAUUUGAGGUGUGAUUUUUGGGGUUGUUGACAUCCGUAGGUACCUACCUGCAAAAUAAUUAUUUCUUGCUUAAUAAUGUGGAAUUUUCGCUAUUAUCUAAGAAUCUGAAGCUAAACAAACCAAAUUGUUGGUUUGUUUGAUGUGAGGGGACGACCACGGACGAGGUGAAAAAAUGUAAACACUAUUCAGACCCCUGCAGAAGUGGAUAUCGGUUUGGUUGAUAUUUACAUUAUUUUACCUACCAGAUACAACUGACCUACAAACCUACUAUUUUUAAUUGUAACUGUCUAUCUUUAGAUUUUUAAAUUGCACGUUGUUGCCAAACUUCAGUCUGCAUAUCAAAAUGUAUUUUUCGUUUUUUGGCCAAACGGCUGAAUUUAGAAAAAAAUUUUAAAAGACUUUAAGGUGCCUUCUACCUAUACCUUUAAGAAACGCACUAUUUGCGGGGACACCCUGUAGUUGGUUACUACACAGAAUUUACAGUAGCUGCCAUUCAGUAGAAUCCACUACCAUUCAUAAUCGAAGGCGAAAUUCAAAGCAAACGUGGUAGGUAGAAGAAGAAUCUCGUGACUCAAUAAUCUGCACCAGAUUGUUAUUCCAAGCAGCAGAAGACCUCUAAAAAAACACGCGUUCUUGCAAGAAUGCUUUAUUAAACUUUAUUCCAACUUGACCAUAAAAAUGUGUUUCAUUCUUGGAAACCAUUGAUGUAGUUGAAAAAAUUUGCAAAAAAGAAAAUUGAUAAUGUUCCGUUUUAGCAGCAAUGUCUCUAUUGUAUCAUCUAGUCUAGUCCAUGUAGUGACUGGCCUUUAUAUGAUACAACAGAAAAAAUUAAUGCUAGUUUAAAAUGUAUUAAUGGAGGUGGCUACAUCGCUAGUCGCUAAUCUCCACUAAAGGAGAUAGCACCACAAAAAGAAGAAUGUUUCAUGUUUGGAAGGUUUAUAUAUUGUAAUCUCUUUCUCAUAGGCACUUUUCAGUGCGUCACAGUUUUUCGAUUUCUUUCUAAGGCAUUAAGUUGGAAGUGUCAGAAAAAAACGUACUUCCGUGAUUACAGUCAUUUAUUAUAUUGAUUUUAGAUUAUAGAUUAUAGAUUUAUUUUAGCUGUAGAUAGAUGGCGCUAUAUUCGAGCAAAAAAUGAUUUACGAAUUAUAUAUGAGGGGUAUAGAAUCAAAACCCGCUUUCUCCAAAAUUUUAGUUUGUCACAAAUCGCUAAAAACUUAUAAAAAACAAACCAUUACAGUUAUUACACGGAUUUAAGUUUCAUAUUAUAAAAUUUAACCAUAGAAGUCGAUUACACAUAAUGAGUAAAAUCCAACUAUCGUCAAUAUAAUUAAAUAAUUGGCAUUUUUGUUUGGAGAAAGCGAGUUUUGAAGCAAACUUUUGGAAAAAGCAAGUUUUGAAACAAACUUGUUAGGAGAAAGCACGUUUUGAAACAAUUUUCAUUUUUGGAGGUGGAAUUUUACGGUUUUUGCUUUUUGCCGAUUUUAAUAGAAUAAAAGUAAUUAGCUUGAUAGUGGUAAAACCGAUCUUAUCGGUUCCAAUGACGUUAGAGUUCUUAGAAGAUCAUGGCUAUAAUCUUGUAGUAAUCUUUUUUCUUCUUAGGUUUUGCCCAUUCAUUUUGCAUCGGUGUUUUUUUCCUUGCCUUUUUACCGGGUCAUACAGGACUCCUUUGAACAUCCAUUAAGAAUAGAAGAAAAAUAUUCCUGUAAUACUACUUAUUUUAAAAGAAAAAAUCUAUGCAAAUGGUUAGUAUUAAAAGUUGGUAGCUGACAAAAGUAGUAAACAAACACUGAUGUUGCAUCAGACAAAUAGAGUGAUUAAAAUAUGUGUGAGUCUCCUAGACUCACUUUACACAUGCCUCCUAUUGAUCGGUUGGAGAAAGACGGGUUUCAUUCAGAACUGUCACAGGAGAAAGACGGGUUUGAUUCAAAAGCCGACUUUUAACAUUGAAUUUAUAUUGGAUAAAGCUAAUUUUAAGUCAAACUAGUUCUGGAAUCGUAUAGGGUUCAACAAACAGAUUCAGAAAAUAUAAACAACUCAAUUUCGGCCAUGGAUAGAGAAAGCGAGUUUUGAUUCUAUAUCCUUCAUAUACGACUAUAAUUUGUACAAUUUAUAAGACUAUACAAAUAAAAGAAAAUACCAUUUUAUAAAUGCAAUAAUCACAAUGGAUUUGUUUUUAUACCAAAUUGCAAAUAAAAGGGUUAUACUGCAAUACCCUUUCUGGGUUAUACUGCAAUAUCUUUUGAUGAUGUCGUGUUAGUAGGAAAUAGUGAAAGAGACUUAGAACAAAAACUGGAACAGUGGAGACAAGCUCUGGAAGAAAAAGGUUUAAAACUUAGUAGGACAAAGACGGAGUAUUUGCAAUGUUCAUUUAAAGAUGGAAUUACUGCAAAUAAAAUGGUAUCUUUGGAUGGUGAACUGAUUGUAAAAAGCAAUAGUUUUAAGUAUCUGGGAUCGGUAUUACAGAGUAAUGGAGAAAUAGAUGGAGAUGCAUGCAGUAGAAUUAGGGCUGGAUGGAUGACGUGGAAAGAAGCUAGUUGUGUGUUGUGUGACAGAAAAAUUCCAAUGAAGCUGAAGGGAAAAUUCUAUAAAACAGACAUAAAACCGGCUAUGAUGUACGGAACUGAAUGUUGGGCAGUGAAAAAGAAAGAGGAACAACGAAUGCAUAUGGCGGAAAUGAGAAUGCUUAGAUGGAUGAGUGGAGUGACAAAGAAGGAUAAAAUUAGAAAUGAGUAUAUUAGGGGAAUUCUAGGUGUGGCACCAAUUGAUGCCAAAAUGAGAGAGCAUAGGUUAAGAUGGUUUGGUCAUGUUCAACGUCGAGACGGUAAUCACCCAAUACGAAGAAUUGCUGAAGUGCAGAUUCCUGGAAGGAGUAGGAGAGGAAGACCAAAGAAGACCUGGGGGAGACGAUAAGGCAGGACAUGUUGGUAAAGGGGAUUAACAUUGAUAUGGCCCAAGAUAGAAUUGUGUGGAGAAAUGCAAUUAUCGAAGCCGACCCCGUAUAGGGAUAAGGCAAAGAGAAUGAUCAUGAUGAGGUCUAGCCAUCUUUGUCCGUCAUAUGAGCGGUAUCGCUUAGUAAAAAGAGAUAUAUAGAACACCGAUCGACUGCCGCGCGUUACGCUUUUUUGCUCAGUAUGCCUUGUCUACGGUUAACAUGUCUCUGAUUAUCACGGACUUACCUUUUUUUCUCUCACUUGUGACGCACUGAAAAAUGUCGGUGAAAAGAACCAUAUUAGGCAAAUAUUCAAUAUUAUCAUUUCUUUUAAUUUGUGGACUUCUAGGAGAUUUAUCAGAUUUAAUAGCGUCCCUGUCUAAUAGAUGUACGCUUUGUUUUAAUAGAGAAUUUGGACUAGAAUUAAUAUAGGUUUAAAUAGGACUAAAAAUAUCUUUAUGGUUUGGCUUUUGCCCUUUUUUGCUAAAAAGUAGCAAAAAAGUUCUAAAGCCAAAACCUCAAAGAUGUUAGUCCUGUUGAAACCUAUAUUAAUUCUAGUCCACUAAUCCUCUAUUAAGGGGAUGGGUACGAACUUUCGGCUGCAAUGCUAUUUAAGUGGGAUUAAUUUUUUUCGAAUCCUGAGAAAACUAAUAAGUAUUUUUGAAAAAUUUAAACGCAGAAUGAAAGAUUACGUUAUUACAGAGGGUCGAAAGUCCCUGAAAACUUGCAUAAUGUUUAUUUUAAUAAGUUGCAGGGGUGAAAAACUAAGAGAAAAUUUAGUGUGAUUUUUAUUUUCAAAUAUCUCGUCCAAAAGAAACUUUUUAUUCAUUCUAAGGGACUUUCGGUCUUCGGAAAUAAAGUAAUCUUUCAUUCUGCGUUUAAAUUUUUCAAAAAUACUUAUUAGUUUUCUCAGGAUUCGAAAAAAAUGAUAACAUAUAAAAUACAUUAAAAAUUUUGACAGGCGUCAAAAUUUUGCAUUUUGUUGCUUUCGCCUUAAAACAAAGCGGACAUCUAUUAGACAGGGACGUUAUUAAAGCUGAUAAAUCUCCUAGAACUCCAGAAAUUAAAAGAAAUGAUAAUAUUGAAUCUUUGCCUAAUACAAUUUAUAAACCCAUUCUUAUAUAAACAUGAAACAUUCUUCUUUUUGUGGUGUUCUCUUAGUGGAGAUUAGCGACUACACUGGCAAAUCUGUCUCUGUUCAAUGCGGCUCUAAACAAAGAUGUUGAAUCAAUGUUGAUAUUUCUAAGACAGGAAAUCUGGCGCCUACCGGGAGCCCUUUUUCCUCAAUCUUACACUCGAAGAUCAGUUGCGCGUGGCGGUACUUUUCGUUUCUCAUUAUGUAUCCCAGGUUGCUAACUUUGAUGAUCUUUAGCAGCUAUUCCUCGUUCCGUGCGUGUUCGAGAACGAUUAACUUAAAUUAAAAUAAGUGUAAAAACAACAACUUGUCAAUAAUAUAUUUAUUUGUGUCGGUAAAAUAGCUUGAAUAUUGCUCGAAAGAGGGUUUGUUAUUCUUUGCGAGUGUGGUGGUGUGUCGGCGCCGGGUGGUUGCUGUGAAUAUACUGAAAAAAACACAUGUCUGUGGUUUUACGUUGAAGACUAAUUUAUCGACAUAAAGAGGCUGGUCCUUUAUCUGAUGUUUUAAAAGCUGAAAACAUUUCUGUCAAGAAGCGUCCUCGAAUGCAUUAAAAAGUGAUUCAUUGACAUAUGGUCUGAUAAGGUUUACUAUUUAAUGGGGAAUUUUUAAACUGAGACUGAACAGACCAUUACCAUCUGGUUUCGUAUAGAAAGAAUUGUGAAAUUUAAGUGACCCAUAUUAUUUUCGUUUAGAAAAGAAAGUUAAUAUUUAAAAUUAGCAAUUAAAAAAAAAAAAAAUAAAUGAAGCGUGUCGAUAUACUCUCUUUUUCUUCAAUCCUGACCUCCGGAGGGAGUAUAGUGGUCGACGUCAUGUCGUGUAUUGUCCGUCUCCAAAGAUCUCUAUCUCUGUUCAUUUCUUUUAACUCAUGCAUAGGUCUUUUGCAUAUUCCUGUAAUUUGAUCGAUCCAUCUUGUUGGGGAUCUUCCUCGUGAUCUUCGGCCUUUACCCUUCCUUGUAUAAUGAGUCUUUCCAUGUUUUCUGUGUUUGCUCUCAUAACAUGUCAAAGUAUUUUAAUUGUUGGAGAUAGACUUUACUUGAGAGUCGUUGGCUAAAUUUUAGCUCUCUUAAAAUUGAAUUAUUUGUCCUAUCGUCGGUCCAAGGAAUUCGUAGCAUUCGUCCCCAACAGAACAUUUCAGUAGUGUCUAUCUUUUUCUUUCCGAUUUUCUCAGGGUCCAAGAUUCACAUCCGUAUUGGUAAUAUUAAGCAGUUGAUUAAACUCAUCUUUAACGCCCUUUAAAUUUGACAGUCCUUCCAUAUUGUGGUCAUUUUUGCCGUGGCAACUUUUGCUAGAUCACAUCUACGUUUUAUUUGUUCCUGUAGUGACCCUGUAUUUGUGAUUAAUGAUCCCAGAUAUAAGUAUAUUUAAUAUUUUAUUUCAAUUAUUCUAAUUGUUUAAAAGGUAGUAAACUUUGCAUCUGGGGCUUUUCGUUGUUUUCCUCGUAAUACGAGAGAUGUCGCUGAAUUGCGUCUCAGAGGUGGGUUCAUUGCAUUGUGAUGGUUUGCCUUAAAUUGGCAGAAUUGUUUGUAUUUCCUUCAGAGUUGAGACUUCUGAGCUUCACCGAUGAGGCAUAAGGAUGCUGAAAUAGCUAUAUGGAGAUGGUGGUCCAACUCUGAAUCAAAUAUAAACAAAACCUUCCUUGAUCUUUUUUAUCUUUUUCAUUUUUACUCAGUUUGAGUAUUUAGAAACUGUCUUUCGGUCCUUUUCCUUGACGAAGGGAAGGUAAAUGCGUGGCCUAAGCGUCCUCUAUUUGCUUUCUCCUACUUUCGUCGUCUCUUGUGAUUAUAUAUUGUAAAAUCCGGAGAUAUGGGAUGCAGCCAGAAAGCAGUUUAUUAACGAAAAGUCUUGGAUUUAAAAUAUUGUUUAUUGUAUUUUUAUUUCAAUUAUUCUAAUUGUUUAAAAGGUAGUAAACUUUGCAUCUGGGGCUUUUCGUUGUUUUCCUCGUAAUACGAGAGAUGUCGCUGAAUUGCGUCUCAGAGGUGGGUUCAUUGCAUUGUGAUGGUUUGCCUUAAAUUGGCAGAAUUGUUUGUGUUUCCUUCAGAGUUGAGACUUCUGAGCUUCACCGAUGAGGCAUAAGGAUGCUGAAAUAGCUAUAUGGAGAUGGUGGUCCGACUCUGAAUCAAAUAUAAACAAAACCUGCCUUGAUCUUUUUUAUAUAUUUAAUAACUGGAACAGUGGAGACAAGCUCUGGAGGAAAAAGGUUUAAAACUUAGUAGGACAAAGACAGAGUAUUUGAAAUGUUCAUUUAAAGAUGGAGUUACUACAAAUAAAAUGGUAUCUUUGGAUUUGAAAAGCAAUAGUUUUAAGUACCUAGGAUUGGUAUUACAGAGCAUUGGAGAAAUAGAUGGAGAUGCAUGCAGUAGAAUUAGGGCUGGAUGGAUGAAGUGGAAAGAAGCGAGUGGUGUGUUGUGUGACAGAAAAAAUUGAAAGAAGCUGAAGGGAAAAUUUUAUAAAACAGCCAUAAGUAUCUAUGAUAUACGGAACUGAAUGUUGGGCAGUGAAAAAGAAAGAGGAACAACGAAUGCAUGUGGCGUAAAUGAGAAUGCUUAGAUGGAUGAGUGGAGUGACAAAGAAGGAUAAAAUAAGAAAUGAGUAUAUUAGGGGAAGUCUAGGUGUGGCACCAAUUGAUGCCAAAAUGAGAGAGCAUAGGUUAAGAUGGUUUGGUCAUAUUCAACGUCGAGACCUUAAUCACCCAAUACUGAGAAUAGCUGAAGUGCAGAUUCCUGGAAGGAGUAGGAGAGGAAGACCAAAGAAGACCUGGGGGGAGAUGAUAAGGCAGGACAUGUUGGUAAAGGGGAUUAACAUUGUUAUGACCCAAGAUAGGAUUGUGUGGAGAAGUGCAAUUAGGGAAGCCGACCCCGCAUGGGGAUAAGGCAAAGAGAGAAUGAAUAUAAGUAUAUUUAAUUAAUCCUCCCUGAUAUUAAUAUCCUCAUUUUUUCACAAUACUCAGUAACCCUAUUUAACAGUAUAGCCCGAUCAAAGAACAAUCUGACAAAAAAAAUAAAGAAAGAAUGAAAAUUUGAAAUCGUUAUCAAAUAUUUCUUGCACUUUGUUGUAAAUUUUGUUUUCUGAAUAGUUUGACUACUAUUUUGUAUGAUUUUCUAUACUCGUUUUAACCUAACCUAACUUUUUAUUAUAUAUUGAAAAUAAUUAUCAAAAAAUACUCUUAAUAUUAUCUUUUUGCAAACAAUAGGAAACGAUAUUAGCAUUGUUUAAAAAAAGAAUAGUUGGUCAAAGCAAUGAAUAAAUUUGUUUGAUUCUAAUUUAGACAGUCACCAGAUGUUACCACCAUUUCUGUCAGGGUUGCAAUGUCACGCGUAACUGCGAUAAAUCCAAAAUGCAUAGACACUAAGUUGGAUACGAUCCUAUUCAAAACACACCAACUUGCAUACAUAUUAAGAAAAAUAAAUAUAUGGAAGAAUAUAUUUAGAAAUUGAAUUAAUGAUGACAUCAUAAUAAUUAUACAUAUAAUAGCAUGCCAUCGUUAAUUCAAUUUGUAAAUACACUGCGCGUUAUUAAAAAGAGGCCACCUAAAAUGUUUGCCAUUUUUUAAUUUUUACAAAUCCUACUAGAAAUUGAUUGUCAUUAGAUUUUUGUGUAAUGUUUGAGAAUUCAUAUGUUCUAAAGCAGUAUGCAAUCAUUUCUUAAAUAAAAAAUGUCAAAAAAAACUUCUUCCAAAAUGAUGAUUUUAUGGAAAAAUUAAAAAAAUAACAUUGUACAUUUUUUCUGUUUUCUUUAUAUAAAUUACAAUUAAGUCGUGAUUAUUAAUACUCUGUACUACUACCUCUAUUGUAAAUUACAUUCCUCAUUCGAUUUGGCAUUGAAUUAAUCAAAUUCAGGAUGUUGUCUUGGGGAAAAGCUUCCCAUUCUUCCAUGAGCGACAACCGAAGCUGCUCACGAUUUAUUGGAGCAGGUAUUCUGUUUCUUCUGUUUCGUAAGGAGAAUGCCGGAGAAUAGAAUACCAAGACAAAUCCUCGAAUGGCAACCAAGAGGAAGGCGCAGACCAGGAAGGCCUAGAAGAAGUUGGAGAGAAGGAGUUGAUAGAGAAAUCAGGGACAGAGAACUCGAGGACGAUCUAUGGAAUGACAGAACGAGAUGGAGAUUGGAAAUCGAAAGACGUCGAAGAACGUUGUAAACCGAUAUUAUAUAUUUUCUUACUCUUCGUUCGAGUUGGCCCCAAACAUGUUCAAUCGGGUUCAAAUCUGGACUUUGAGCCGCCCAAUUAAUUUUUGGCAUACAUCUAGGCUAAAUUAAAGAAGACACUUUCGAUGUUUAAAGAUUAAAAUUUUUUUAUAUUAGAAUGGUGUCUUCAUCUUAGCUUAUGAAGUUUAAAGCAAAGAUGAAGCCACCAUUUUGUUUAUCACGCACUAAACAAAACAUUUUUCCAAUCUUCUAUGGUCCAAUGCUCGUGGUCUAUAGCAAACUGAAAUCGGCGUUGUCAUGUGUUGCUGUUCACAAAGGUCCUGUUGCUGGAUAGCGGGCCCUUAGACCAAAUUCCCUCAACCUUCUCACGGUAGAAGUGCAAUGUCCAUCCGUGAGCAUUUUGAAAACUGUUUUGGAUUGCUCUAGCCGUGAAGAACCCAUUUUGCAAAGAAGUGCGUUGUAUAGAACGGUCUUCUCUGGCCGUCGUGAUUCUUCUCGGGCCUGAUCCUGGUCUACGUUCGUGAGAUCCAGUCUCUACGAAUCGUUGGUAAGUUUGUUGGACCAUACUACUGACUCCAAGCUGUCUGGCCACUUCUCUUUUACUCAUUCCAUUACCAAUCAAAGUAACAAUUUGAACAUAUCUUGCAAAUAUCCCAGUCAUAGUUUUAAAUUUAAAAAUUGCACAAGUUCACUGUAUGUUUUACUAAUAGCAGGUACUGUACGGGACAAUUAAUAAAAUCAAAAACGAGCAAUAAACACUAAUUACAACAUCUGCUAAAUGAAUUUUAUUCCUUCUGAUAGCCAAUAUUCAGAGAAAGUGGAAUUUCUCCAUAAGCGCAAUACAAUAAUAUUAUACACAAACUCAAAUUAAAUUGGUUGGUAAAUAUUUCAAAAACGAAACAAAGGAGAUAUAGGUGCAUAAUAACAAAUAAAAGGUAAAAACUUACAAUCAAAGCAUCAACGACGAAACCAACACUAUUUCGCGUGUGUACACAUUCGAGUUCUGAAGGCGUCUCAUUCCUUACAUCCUAGGGGAAGAAUUUUUGGAUCUCGAGUGGCAAGCGUCCGAUCCUCUUCUUUCACGACACAUGUGAAUUUCGAUAACAUGCUAGCAAGGAACAAUACAGGCGUCGUCAAGGGUAAAAAAGGGAUGAUUUCGAACUAUUCAAACAAGCAAAUCAAAUGGGAAUUCCAACAUUCACUCUUUGAACAACUGUACACUAGUGAAAGAUUUUUGAAAAACAGAAAAGCCAUAUUCCAAGAAAAAUAGGGUACAAACAACACGUGCACUAUCCGAAGUCAUAAAACUGAUAUCAAUUCUGCAAACUUAUUACUCUUAAUUAACAUGCCACACCGUUUGUCGGUGCCUAAAAGACGCUAAAAGUAUUUCUGCAUUGUGGCAGUUUAGUUACAAUAGAAUAAAUUGUAUAAAGUUAUUGAAAAUUUUUUAUAAAAUUCUAGGUGGCCUCUUUUUCAUGACGCUCAGUGUAUAUUCUUCCAUAUCUAUUUUUCUACAGUGCGGUGGAAUAAGUGUUGCCCCACGCCCCUUUUAACUUGUUUAUUUUAAGAAUAUAAGCAAAACGCUCGGACAGGUCGAUUUUUAAACUAACCAUAGUAUAUUAUAGCAUCAACGUUUUGAACUUUACGCGAUACCUUUUCAGGUGACAGGUAUAACUUUGAUUUUUUAAAAUGGUAAGGUACAUCAUGUGACACCUCAUUUAACAGCUUUUGAAAUACUGAUUUCAAGAAUGUAUAAUACUUUAAUCCUUUUUGAGAUCGUACGCGCAAAAAUUCGGUCGAACUCUUUUUAAACGCAUUUAUUUUUUUUCGAAUUCUGAGGAAACUAAUAAUUAUUUUUGAAAAAUUUAAACGCAGAAUGAAAGAUUAGAUUAUUACCGAGGGCUGACAGUCCCUUAGAAUAAACAAAAAGUUUCUUUUGAAUAAUAUAUUUGAAAUUAAAAAUCGCACUAAAUUUUAUCUUUUUUUCACCACUGUGACUUAUUAAAAUAAACAUUAUAGGAGUUCUCAGGGACUUUGGACCAUCGAGAAUACUGUAAUAUUUCAUUCUGCGUUUAAAUUUUUCAAAAAUAUUAAUUAGUUUUUUAAGGAUUUGAAAAAAAUGAUUGCAUUUAGAAAGAAUUCGACCGAAAUUUUGCGCCUACGCUCUCAAACAGGAUUAAAGUAUUAUACAUUUUUGAAAUCAGUAUUUUAAGAGCUUUUAAAUGAGGUGUCACAUGAUGUACUUUCCCUAAAAAAAAAUCAAAGUUAUGGUUGUCACCUGAAGUAGGAUCGCGUAAAGUUCGAAACGUUGAUGCUAUAAUAUACUAUGGUUAGUUUAAAAAUCGACCUGUCCGAGCGUUUUGCUUAUAUUCUUAAAAUAAACAAGUUAACGGGGAGGGGUGGGGGGGCAACACUUAUUCCACCGCACUGUAUGUAUGCGAGUUAGUGUGUUAUGAAUAGUUACGAGUGACGUUGCGACUCUGACAGAAACGGUGGUGACAUCUGGUGACUCUCUCAAUUAGAAUCAAACAAAUUCAUUCAUUGCGUUGACGAACUAUUCUUUUUUAAACAAGGAUAUUAGUGAAAAAGCAUGGAUAACACUUAAUUGUUUAAGCUGCUAAUUCUUCGUCGCGUCGCGGUUAAGCGUUGUCCGUUUCUAAUAUUAUAACAGUUUAUUAUUUAUGUAUUUGUAAAAAGCAGUAGUUUUAAUAUUAAUAAUUAUGUUGUAGAUACGAAAUAAAAAAAGUAAGCUGCCUUAUUUAGGAUGCUGAAAAAUAGAAAAUGAAGUGCUAAUAAUAUUUUCCGCAAUUAUGUAUUCUCAAUAAAAAGUUAUUUAUA